AUGAAAUGGCCGUCCACGAAAUCAAAACCAGUAAAUGAAAAUAAACGCGACAACAUAGAUCCUAAAAUUAUCGACAUGAGCACCAAAAAAUUAGCAAAGAAUGAACUGAAACUCUUAAAACAGGGGUUAAAAUUCUGUCCAAGCCCAAGAGAAAACAAACCAGAACUAGGUCAAGAUAUUCAAGAAUUCGAAAGAAGGCUGAGAUUGCUGGAGUUUUUUGAAGGGAAACCAAACGAAGAUCAAUCGUUGCUUCGGAACAAGUCAAACUUUUUCCCGCCGAAAUCAAACGAUGAAUGUCUCGAACUUUUCUUCAAAUCCAUCAACGGCUGUCAUACAAAAAUCACUAACCGGAAGAGAGGAAAUAUAUCAAAGGAAGAGACAAAGGCAUUGAAUGACCUUACAAAUGACGCUUCUAUAGUAAUAAAAGAAGCGGACAAAGGUGGCGCAAAAGUAAUAAUGGACAGGGAAUUUUAUAAAAACAAAAUUUUGGAACUCCUGGAGGAUGUUGAUAAUUACAAGGAAAUAGAUACAAACAAAGAUGAAACUGUUUUAAAGAGAAUCGGUAAACUCAUAAAAAAAUAUCCAGGGCAACUAACAGAUAAAGAGCAGGAUUAUCUCAUGAACUUUCAGUGCAAAACGUCAAACUUUUAUGGUCUUCCUAAAAUUCAUAAAUCAAAGGAAGUCCAAACGGCUAUUGCUCAACAAAGGUCGGAAUACAUUGUAAUGCCUCCAGCAAAGGACCUAAAAAUGAGACCAAUCGUUGCUGGUCCGGCGUCUCCAACACACCGUCUAAGUAACUUUUUAGACAUCUUGCUAAAACCUCUUUGCACGCUAGUACCCAGUUACAUAAAAGAUGAUAUAGAUUUCCUGAAAUACUUGCCAAAACACAUCAAUGAGGAUACAACGUUCGUCUCAUUCGACGUCAUAAGUCUGUAUACAAAUAUACCUCACGAACUUGGCAUUGCAGCAAUAUCUUAUUGGCUACAAGAAACUCGGAUUGUUCGCAAUAUUUCAAAAGAAUUCGUCAGAGAAGCAGUUGAAAUAGUACUGCAGGAAAACACAUUCCAAUUUAAUGAUAAAAAUUAUCAACAAAUACAGGGUACAGCAAUGGGGACAAAAAUGGCUCCAACUUACGCAACCUUAGUAAUGGGGAUCUUAGAAGUACAAUUUUAUAAUAAGUAUGGAGAACAAUUCGGCCAGGAAGAGAAAAAAGAUCUCAAGGAAAAUUUUAAACGAUUCCUCGAUGAUUGCUUCAUACUCUGGAAAAAGUCUGAUGAUGAUUUACGAAAUUUCUUCACAAUGCUAAAUGAACUCCAUCCAAAAAUACAAUUCACAAUGGAAAAAAGCAAGAUAAGAUUACCAUUUUUGGACAUACUGCUCUUCAAAGACAACGAGGAACUUUGCACAGAUAUCUAUUACAAAUCCACGGACACACACCAGUAUUUGAAUUUCCUUUCUUCGCAUCUGAGGCACACAAGAGAAAAUAUCCCAUUCUGUCUAGCCCGACGAAUAUGCACAAUUAUAGAAAAAGAUGCUUUAAGAAGACAGAGACUUGAGGAACUAAGACAGUUUCUGGCGGAACAAAAUCAUCCACAGUCCCUGAUCAAUAACGGCAUCAGGAGAGCCUCUGAAAUUCCAAUAGCGGAACUCAGAACACCGAAAGAAAAAAACGAUGAGAAGGUACUGCCGCUUGUCAUGACAUACAACCCCAGUAACCCUCAAAUCAAAGGAACGGUCAAACAACAUAUGAACAUUUUAGAUGGCUCUGAGCGAAUGAAAAACAUUAUGAAAAAUACCAAAUUUAUCGCAAGCUACUGUCAGCCAAAAAAUUUGAAAAAAUAUCUAACACGUGCAUCAUUUUCAUAA